GACUGAUUUUCCUCAUUGGUUUCACAAUGAUAAAUAAAGAAAUGGAAGAAAGUAAGAAAAGUGACAACAUUCUUGGCGAUAAUGUUGAUAAUCCUGUGCCGGAGGUUGAAGAAAGUGCAGAAUUUCUCCUUUUGCGACCUCUGUGCGCGGCCAUCGUGGGAGAUCCGACCUUGUCAAAUCUUGCCAGAUUUCAAGAGGCCUUCGUCCUCGUUGACGCUCCUUCGCCUCAUCUCGCCCAAUUCGUCCUCCUCCCUUUCGCCAUCCACUUCAAACGACUUCACACAUUCAAAGACAAGACAAAAACUCAAUUCAUGUCGACGGCGGCCGUGGUGUUCCAAAAGUUUGAGGUUUCACUGUGGGAAAUGUUCGUAGAAAUUUUCCAAAGACUACAUGUUGUCAUAUGCUUAAAUGAAGAUCCAACCAAAGUAAAUUUUGAAAGUCCUGAAGACCAAAUGGAGGCCGCUGUUGCGUGUAUAAAUGGCUUGUGCCAAAAAAGCCUUACUUGUCACUUUAAAACUCUGUUUGACGAUAGCAAAAUGCAAAUUGUAGCACAUUCGCUAGUUGUAUUGCUUCAAAUUUGUUCUUGUGAUGUGAAAAAAAGUAUCAGACUUGGAGCGUUGGACACAGUUCAUAUCUACGUUGAAAAAUGCAGUAAAAGUGAAGCCGAGUCCCGAAGACUAUUUCGAUUCUUGCCAGGAAUUAUUUCAACAGUUAGGAAAAUUGUUGAUGUUCGAGUUGUGAGAACGCAGCAGGAUAUUUUCGUGAAAGGGAUGGAACUACUUCAAGAUGUGAUACUUGCAACGACUGCUUACGAAGAUCAAACCGCAUUAGCUGAGCCUGAUAAACAUUUAUCCGUUGUGUUAUCGCAAAUUAGUACCAGCAUAUUACAGAAUGAAAUACACGACUCUCAACACUGUCUCUUGGGAGUAACGGAUAAACUACUUGCGGGGAUUGGACAAAAAAUGCCAAGUUGUCGGAAAGUCCUGCUGAAUAAUGUCAUGGUUCUGAAAACCGUCAUAAACACAAAGGAGGAGACCGUCAAGAUAUCUACGAUGCUAAAAGAAAACAUUAACUCCACUGACAUUGGAUUUGAUGAAUUGCUAGAAAUGAUGAAAUCAGCAUUGAUGGACCAGCAGGCUAACAACAAUACUGAUUGCUUAAUUUCGUUGGCAAAAAUAUCGUCUUAUUUAACGUUGGUUCCGUUGAAUUAUUUGGAACUCGAGGAAUUUUUAGAGUUAUUAUUUUCAGUGAUGUGUGACGUUAUUGUGACACAACGUCGUGCAGUUCAAGAGUGUUCUGUUGUUGAUAACUCUGUGUUAAAUAUGUGUUACAAGAUAUGUGAAAGCUUAUUCGCGUCUUCCAAGAACGUGCAAGACAUUCUCGAAUUAUGCGAGUGCAGGUUUACAAAUUUUGAUGGAAAUUUACAAAGUAACUUUUUAGGGUGUGUAAGGUUCACGAACGAUGUUUUUAAAUUACAACUCAAUAAUUUACAGUCAUCGUCACCAUUAACCAAAUUACAAGUGCUGCAGUUUUCGGACCAUUAUAUUUCAAUUUUAGACGUUCAGUCAACAGAAGUUGUUUUAAAUAUUUUGGAAACAGAAGCCCCGAGAACUCAGUCAUUGUUGGACGUGCAGAAAGCUAUGCUUCUUGAAGGAUUAGGACUGAUGGGGAAAGUGUACCCCGAAGAACUCAUUCCAGUCAUUCUGUAUCACAUUGUUGAAUGUGCUGGAUUAAAUUAUCCCUCAAUGAUCAGUGAAUCUGCUCAAAAAACUUUAAUUUCCUUAUCCGACCCUAAAUCUGUUGAAACAUUCCUCUCAAAACAUUUGACGAGUGUAAUGAGUGACUUAAAUGUACGAAUUCUUAAUUUAGCCUUGCAUCCAAAUUGUCCAAAUGCUUUGAUAUUUCUUGCACGAUAUUUUGACUUUUCUCAAUCUGUUAUGGUCAACUUGGUAGAAUUGGUCUUAUCUCGGUCGUGUGAUCCGUUUAGCGGAGGUCAUCUACAGUACUUGUACUCUAAGGUUUUUUAUGCAUUCGUCGUUUCUUUAUGGACACACAAUGGGCAACAAAAUCAACAGUUCUCACCAGCUUCUGAAAAUAAACCCAGUUCAUUUUUGUCCCAUAGAAUAAAGGAGCAAAAAUCUUUGUUUGAAUUUAUAAAUGAUUAUCAAUGUUCCCUUGGACUAAGCGUUGCAACUGAGGAAGCAAUUGGUCAGAAGGCAGAUCUAGAUGACCCCAUUGACGAAACUGCUGGCCACGAUGGAAGUGAGGAAGAGAUUACAGAAACUCCUCUGAAGCCACCAAGUCCUGAAGUAAACUUGGUCAUAAAAAUUUGCCAUCGCGUACUUAACUUUUUACCCAACUCUGAGAGAAGCGUAAGAUUACUGGCAAUGGAUUGUCUCAUUAAAGGAAUUCUGGUCUUGAGAAACGAAGAAGAUGCAUUACUCCCAUUAGCACAUAUUAUAUGGCAAAAUCUAGUUCCAAGGAUGGCGGAAAAAGACUUUGUUGUGGUUCGGAAAUCCUUUGAAUUACUCGUAUGCCUUUGCUCAUCCUGUGGGACCUUUUUAAAGAAGAGAACAAUGGAUGACAUAUUUCCCAAAUUGUCCUCACUGUUAACCAACUUGGCAAUGGAAAGUGAGCAGGUGGCAAUGAAAAAUCGUAAGGUCUACAUUUACAGUCAAUCGUACAAAUUACAGCUCAGCGUUUUGCAGGGUUUAGCAGAAAUCUGUCAGUCUAUUGAUAUCCAAGAAGAAGAAUUGCAUCAAGUAGUUGAAGGAUGCAUUCUCUAUCUCGAACCGCAUCAGCAUAAAAAUUUACAGGCUGAAGCUCGUAAAGUAAUAGAUUAUCUUGGAUCUGAGAAUUCUACGACAAAGUAUCGAAGCAUUUGGAUGACACUAAUAGCUCUUGGACUCCGUCACCCUCCAAAUUCCACACCACCAUCUUCAUUAUUUGCCCCAAUCCCUAAUUCCUUAUCGGAGUUUUCAGCUCAAACCAAUACGUUAAUACAUAAUUAGUUAGUAGUCAGUAGUAUUUAUGAAUUUCUGUGCUGUGAUAAGUCUGACAUGACUCAAUGAUGAGUAAAGCAAAAUAUUUAUUCCAACCGA